AUGUCGGCACCUACCACAAGCUCCCCGUCGCCGAACACCGCAACAGUCGUCCUUCCCCCAGGUCUGACUCUUGACCAGUAUCUUACUCUCCAAGGCGAUGCGGUAGCAUUCGCGAUUAUCAUUUGGGACUACUUUAUUCUACUUCCAGACGAGCUCGUGUUGUAUACAGACAAGGAUAAGAGAAUAUCGCGAGCACCUACCACGAUCUUCUUCAUUGUGCUACGCUACUCCGCGUUCCUCGCCACCCUUCCCUCACUUUUCUUCACGUCGGUGCAGAAUCAACACUGUCAAGCAGCAGUUAUUCUCAGCCAGGUUGGCGCAUGCCUCGUGGUCUCUGCUUCAGGCGCAAUUUUCUGCUUGCGUGUCAGCGCGAUGUGGCACGGAAAUAGAGCCGUAUAUGCACUCGUCACAACUGUAUUUCUCACUAUGGUGUCCUGCUGGAUCGCGGUGGCUACACAGUACAGCGCUACGACCGGACCUCCUACACCACUCGGCUCGAAUUGCCAGAUGCACCCUAUCGUUUCCUGGGCACCGAUAAGCUUUGGCUCUUCUGUCCUCUUCGACUCGACCAUCCUCCUGCUCACCAUCGCGAAGCUUCCACGCACUUGGACGACCAAGUCGCACAUCGGCCGCCAGAUCUUUCGCGACACGCUGAUGUACUUCACCCUCAGUACCGUCACAAACAUCGUCGUGCUAAGCAUCCAGGCGCUCGGCGAGGCGCACGCAAUGAUCAAGCCGACCGCGGUACCCUUUGCAACGGUCAUGACAGCCACGAUGGGCUCGCGCGUCUACCUUAAUCUCCGGCUCCUCGAGAUUCGGCGUCAGGCCGAGGCAGAGCGGAUCCCCCUCGGGGUACCGUUUGCAGUUCCGCGCCCCGGCACUGAUCGCACGAAAGAUGCGACGAGUGGCGCGACUCAUGUGGAGAGUUUCCUAACCGCCAGGCAGGCUCCGGGAUCCAUGAACUCCAAGAAAAAUGACUCCACCAUCGCGACGGGCCAGUCGGGAUACUCGCUGGACAUUGAGCGGCCUUUGUAG